AUGGGCAACCCGCUCCUGGACAUCUCCGCGGUCGUCCCGCAGGAGUUCCUCGACAAGUACGGCGUCGCGCUGAACAACGCCAUCCUCGCGGAGGAGUCGCACGCGCCGAUGUACGAGGACAUGGUCAAGCAGUUCGACGUCGAGUACAUCGCCGGCGGCGCGACGCAGAACUCCAUCCGCGUCGCGCAGUGGAUGCUCCAGGUGCCGUUCGCGACCGCGUACAUGGGCUGCGUCGGGAAGGAUGGCUUCGCGGAUGAGAUGAAAAAGGCGUGCGUCGCCGACGGCGUCAACGCCAACUACAUGGUCGACGAGGCGACGCCCACGGGGACGUGCGGCGUCCUCGUGAAAGACGGCGAGCGCUCGCUCGUGGCCGCGCUCAACGCGGCGAACAACUACAAGGUUGACCACCUCGAGAAGCCGGAGAACUGGAAGCUCGUGACGGACGCGCGCUUCUAUUACUCCGCGGGAUUCUUCCUGACGGUGUCCCCGGAGUCGAUGCUCAAGGUGGCGAAGCACAGCGCGGAGGAGGGCAAGUGCUACUGCAUGAACCUGUCCGCGCCGUUCCUGAUGCAGGUCCCGCCGUUCAAGACCGCGAUGAUGGAGACGAUGCCGUACGUCGACGUUCUGUUCGGGAACGAGAGCGAGGCGGUGACCUUCGCGGAGACGGAGGGGUGGGAGACGAGAGACGUCGCGGAGAUCGCGAUGAAAAUCUCCAAGCUCCCCAAGGCGUCCGGCCACCGCGCGCGCGUCGUGUGCUUCACGCAAGGCAUGGACGACACGAUCGUCGCGAAGGAGGGCAAGCUGUACCGCUACCCGGUGAUUCCGUUGAAGAAGGAAGAUCUCGUGGACACCAACGGCGCGGGCGACGCGUUCGUCGGCGGGUUCCUGUCGCAGCUCGUCUGCGGGAAGGACGUUCCGGAGUGCGUCCGCGCGGGGAACUACGGCGCGAACGCGAUCAUUCAGCAGUCCGGGUGCAAGUUCCCGAAGACGCCGAAGUUCCAGUGGUGCUAA